UCGUCGCCAGCCACGCCAGAGAAACCAAAAUGGAGCUCUUCAAGACAGGUUUGAAAUCUGUACUUGGUGGACAGCCGGGCGCCCACGCACCAACCGGGGCCGAAACGGUCGAAAGAUUGGUGGACAGAGUGCAGACGUCCACACUCCUCGAUGACCGGCGAGAUGCGUGCCGAGCUCUCAAGGCACUGGCAAAGAAAUUUAGGGUAGAGGUGGGUGCCCAAGGAAUGGGAGCUUUGAUUCACGUUCUUGAGACUGACAGAGGGGACGGUGAAAUUAUUGGCUAUGCACUGGAUGCCCUCUCCUAUGUCAUCUCAGGUUCCGAAGACUGCGAAGAUGAUAUCCCAGAUGAAAAGAAGAGCCAAGAGCUUGGGGACCAAUUCACUGAGAUUUACAUAAAGAAGUCAGAGAAUGUGACACUUCUCUUGGAUCUCAUGGAGGAGUUUGAGUUCAAGGUGAGGUGGCCUGCUGUGAGGCUGCUCACGGGCCUGUUGAUCCACCGGCCCAAGGAAGUGCAGGAGUGUGUCCUAAUCAGCCCUAUGGGGGUCUCCAGGCUCAUGGAUCUUUUGUCGGACAGCCGAGAGGUGAUCCGUAAUGAUGCUCUCUUGCUGCUCUCUCACCUAACCAAAGCCAAUGCAAACAUCCAGAAAAUCGUGGCAUUUGAAAACGCUUUUGACCGUCUUCUGGACAUCAUCGUGGAUGAAGGUUGCAGCGACGGAGGCGUGGUGGUGGAAGACUGCCUGGUGGUGUUGUUGCACCUCCUCAAGAACAACAGUUCAAACCAGAACUUCUUCAAGGAAGGCAGCUACAUCCAGCGACUGAGUCCCUUCUUCAACUACCACCAGGAAGGGCAGGGGGCCGAGGAGUCGGGAGGGGACGGCUCCUCGAGCCAGCAGGGCUGGUCUGCCCAAAAGGUGUCCAACAUCUUCCACAUGCUGCAAGUGGUGCGGAGCCUGGUGUCUCCCAGCAGCCCCCUCAACGUGACCUCCUCCUGUCAGAAGGCCAUGAACCAGUCGGGUCUCUUGGAGCAGCUUGCCAACAUCCUCAUGGCCAGCGGGGUACCUGCUGACAUCCUCACCGAGACAAUAAACACGGUGGCUGAAGUCAUCCGGGGCCACCACAACAACCAGGAGUACUUUGCCUCUGUCAAUGCACCUUCUAGCCCUCCCAGGCCGGCCAUUGUGGUCCUGCUUAUGUCCAUGGUGAAUGAGAAGCAGCCGUUUGUCCUGCGCUGUGCCGUGCUCUACUGCUUCCAGUGCUUCCUUUACAAGAACGAAUUGGGACAGGCACAGAUCAUUCAGACGCUGCUGCCCACUUCUGCAGACAUUACAAGUGUGACAGCAGGGCAGCUCCUGUGUGGGGGCCUGUUCAGCGCAGACCCCCUGAGCAACUGGUUUGCGGCGGUUGCCCUGUCCCACGCGCUCGUGGACAACCCCACCCAGAAGGAGCAGCUGCUCAGGGUGCAACUGGCCACCAGUGUCGGCAACCCGCCAGUCUCGCUGAUGCGACAGUGCACAGCCAUUCUCCAACAGGGCGGGAAGCUGCAGACUCGGCUAGGCCUGCUGAUGCUCAUGAGCACCUGGCUGGCCAACUGCACCUUGGCAGUGACGCAUUUUCUCAACAUCCCCACAAACAUUCCAUACCUGACCUCACAAGUGAGCCUUGCUGAAGGAGACGAACAUGAGGAUCUUGUGCAGAGCCUUUGUGCUUUCUUGCUCGGAAUCUGCAUUGAAUUCAAUGACGAUUCCGUUCCCAGCUUCACACGAGAUUCUUUGUGCCAGCUGCUCGUAAAGCGCGUCGGACUGGACACCUUUGUGGACAAGCUGGUGGCCAUCCCGAAGCAGGAGUGCUACAGCCAGGCUGCCCAGAAGCCUCAGCUCAAGUACAAGCACCCCUCCGAGGUGUUCUUCGAUUACGAGUUCUGCAGGCUGUUCAAGUCGCUCGAAGGUGCCAUCAUCAAAGCAGUUCAGCCACGACCAAAGGACCUUGCCAAUGGCCCAGAGUCCAACAUGACCGCUGAGCAGCACUCGCUGCUACAGCAGUACAAGGGUGUCAUCAGGGAUCAGGACGAAAGGAUCAGGUCAAUGACCUCGGAGCUAGAUCUGUUACGCCGAGAGCACCAGCAGAGCAGCAUGCAGCUCAAGGAAAUGGUUGAGACCAUUCAGCAGCUGAAGGACCAGAAUGCUCUAUUCAAAGCACAAAGGGUGGCAGCUGGGGGUGGCCAGGGCGACAGCAAGAGUCCCAGUCCCGAACUGGACCAGACCAAAAAGGAGCUGGAUGAUCUUCGGAAACAGCACGAGGAACUGCAACUGGAACUGAAUUCUCUGAAAGACGAGCAGACCCAGCAGAGCGUGGCCGCUGAGAGUGCGACCAUACCGUCGGCGCCCCCCCUUCCCGUCGACCCCGAGGCAGACGCAGCUGCACAAGCUGAGCUGACCGCUCUCAAGGAGAAGGUUGCUUCUCUGCAGACAGAAAUUGCUUCUCUCCAGGAGCAAAACAAGUCUCUUCAGCAAGAGAAAGCCACGUCGGAGGAAGAGCUCCAGACAAUCAGGAAAGAACAAGAAGAUCUGCUGGUCAUGUUGACAGAACAAGACUCCAGGAUUUCCAAGCUCAAGGAGAGGCUCAAGGAGCAUGGAGAAGAGGUUCCAGAGUUUGGCUACAGCGACGACGACCUCACCAGCGAUCUCUGCGACACAGAAGACCUUGUCAUGGUCAACGAACCCAACGAAGCCGUGUGACAGCACCUACCAGCAAGCUCACUAAAACAUUAGGGCAGAAUUUGGGACUGUACAAAUGUUGGCAUUCACCCCUGCACUUUGGGGCUGGAGAGCAAUGUGCUAUAAAUAUAUAUUCCGGUUGUCCCUUUUGCAGUGCUAAACACGUUUCUGGGUGUUGCGGCUUUGUGGGGAGUCGGCUAAGCAUCUUUGCAAUUAAAGUCUAAGCUAUUUA